GGCAGUACCCCGCCGUUGGCCGAGCUCGGCCCCCACGCCCGCGCCCGCGUCCGGCCGGGCAUGUGAGAGUGCGCCGCGCUGUCCGUCCGCUCGCCAGGUCCGCUGAGGUGCGGCAGUGUCACCAUGGUCGGCGGUGUGCGGUCGGUCGUGCUGAGGACGCUGCUGGGAGGGCUGCUGAGCUGGGCGCUGGUAUCAGCGCUGCUGGCAGCGGCCCCCGUCAGCGCCAGCGCCGCCUCCUGCUCCCCCGAUCAGCUGGUCACCUAUCGGCUGGACAUAGAGACGCACUGGUCCAAACAGCGCUUCCCGAAACAGUACCCGAUAUGGCGGCCACCGGCGCAGUUCUCACAGUUCUUCGGUCUGAGUCACAACGGCUCCCGGGUGCUGUACCGAGUGGGGGAGCUGGCGACCCCUGCGGUACGCCAGUUCACCGAGUCCGGCAGCUCCGCGGGCCUGGAGCAGCUCACGCAGGGUCAGAGGGGCAUCCUGGACCAGUUCAGUGCACCGCCCGUCAAACAGGGCGAAGGCACCACCAUGGCCAGGGUGUUCGUGGAUGGAGCCCACUCGCAGGUGUCACUUAUUUCGAAGAUUGUCCCCUCUCCGGACUGGUUCCUUGGCAUUGACAGCGUCGACCUCUGCGACACCGGACGCUGGGUCGACUCGGUUCAUUUACAGCUGUUUCCGAUGGACGCCGGCACUGACCAGGGCCUAACGUUCACCUCCCCCAACUGGGAGUCGGUGCCGCACCAGCCCAUCUGUCGGAUCACGGCCCGGGUGCCCGGCCACCCGGCGGGCAGCUUCUACUACCCGGAGCUGCAGCAGCUGCCGCCGCUGGCCACUCUCCGCCUCACAAAGGUGCGCUCCUACACGCUAUCGGCCGAGUUCGACCCUCGUGAGACGGUGACCUACACGGUGGAUACCCUGGACCCGGGCCGAGCAGUCGGCAUUCCCCCUCUGCAGAGCUCCGCCGACCUGUCCGGCCUGAGAGUCGUCCUGGCCUCCGGCAACCACACGUCCACGACGGAGCGCACCCUCCCACCGACCGCUGCCGCCGCACCCCGGCUAUCCCAGUGGCAGCGCCGACCGGACGCCAAACCAGCCCAGGUGGCACGGCCGGCUCCGAAGCCCUCGGACAAGAGGACGCCACCACAGCCGCGGCUGAACGACAUUGCCGUCACCCCGCGACACAAACCUGCCCACGCCACACUGCCCCGGGACGAGCCCCGGCGGCGAGUCCCUCAGGCUGCCCCGUCCGCCCCCCUGCUGACCCCUGGAGCUGAUGCCGAGUCGUCAGCGGACUCUCUGCGGCGGGACAGCGCGCUGGCACGGACGGCGGCGCGGUCGGACGGCAGCCUGGCCCGUCUGGCCCUCCGGCCGGACGGUAGCGUGGCGCGCGUGGCUGUGAGGCCGGACGGCCCGCCGGUGCGACUGGGUGGCCUCCGCGUCUGGGCCGUCAACAGUCAGCCAUCAGAUGGAGGACGGGGGACCGAGAAGGUGACUGGAGUGGCUACUGCCCCGGAGGACACUGCUGCGAAGGCCGGGGACCGACAGGCCAUCCUGAAGAGAAUCGCCAACCAUUAUCGCCGCCGCCACGGCCGCCACGGUCGCCGCCGGCGCUACCGUCGCAAACGCAAACGCGUGCGUCGGGACUGCGUGGUCGGCGACUGGUCCGCCUGGGGUCCGUGCUCCAAGGAGUGUGGUAUCGGCGAGACGGUACGCACUCGGCCGGUGCGGGCGCACCCUCGGCACGGCGGUCGGCCGUGCCCCAGCCUCCGAGAACGGCGCUGGUGCGGCUCCGAGCGCAGCUGUAAGCGCAAACACUACUUCCGAUGGUAGCUCGCUCUGGCGACGGGAGGUACCGCUGCUCGUGGGUGCGCGCCCGUGGUAGAUGGCGCUGAGAUAGGUGCCAAGCCAGGAGGUGGCUGAAAGGCUUUGUUGAUACGGACAAUGUUGUUGGGUGCAAUUCGUGGAGCGCACCUGCAUAUUACCUACUCUUACUGGCAUGUAGUUUUGUUUGAGGCUUAUGAGUGUUGAGAAGGGUUUGGCAGCUGCUGUCACUGCCAUGGAUGCUUGUAGAGAGCAGCACAGCAGCCUAAGCCAGGAGGUGACGGGACAUUGGUGCCAGGAACUCUACAAGAGGUAGGUAUGUAGAUAGAUGGGGGAGCUGUCUACGUAGAGGGAGCGCACCCCGUAGCCGGGUGCAGUGAGUGCCUUGGGGCUGGGUGGCCUGUCCUCUGGACGGGCUCAGCCCCGGCGACUCACUAGGAUGCCUGCCCAGACCAAUGUCUCCCCCUAUAGGUAUCCUAUCAUCCUCCCGGCUCUGAAAUGGUCACAAUUGACCGAAAGGGCCUAACCCAACAAAACAAAACAAACAAACUGUCUACGUGCUGUCUACGGGAGCUUGGCACCUAUCCGUGCUUCUAUCCUCAGGAUACUGAAAUCCUUCUCCUCCACUCCACAACCCCCCUCCGGGCUGGACAGGCAAUUUUAUCUCAUGCGGGCUGCUCCCUUGGAGCGGCACCGCUGCUCCUGAGGGAGCGCACCCCGUAGCCGGGUGCAGUGAGUGCCUUGGGGCUGGGUGGCCUGUCCUCUGGACGGGCUCAGCCCCGGCGACUCACUAGGGUGCCUGCCCAGACCAAUGUCUCCCCCUAAUUCCUAUCAUCCUUCCGGCUCUGCAAUGGUCUUGUCGACCGAAAGGGCCUAACCCAACAAAACAAAAACAAACUGUCUACGUGAAGCCAAUUGUUGCGUGCCUCCACCCCUUCAGCGUUUGGAAACUUUUUGCUGUUUUCUCCGUGUAAGUGCUAUUAGGUGGCCGGCGAUCAGUAGGUAAUGCCUAUCUGUAAGUAAACAUUUACCAUACAGUAUAUGCUGAAUGCUGAUAGCUCUACUCAUUACCUGUCAUGGCUAUAUUCAUCACCUACCCAGCGAAAAAGAUACAGAUUGUGUGAUUUUUUGAAGGAAUAUUGCUGUGAUCUAUGAAGAUUUGUACGUCCCUCGCUGAACAACCGACUAAAAAGCUUUUAAUGAAUCGCAAUAUUUCACGUUUAAUCACGAACGAAAGAAGCAUUCGUUAGUCGUCUUCGAUCCAACCUUUUCCUGCUUUCUUGUGCGCAUGCCUACUCUUUUAGAUUGUUUCACCAUGCCGUGUGCCCACUGCCCUAUUACGAGUUGGAAAUGCAUUGUGUAUAAUUUGCGCUGGCCAGUGGUAACUUUAUCCCACGCAAGAAUUCGCCAGUUGCGAAUCUCAAUGCUGUGAGCUUUCAUAAGGCCAAAUGUUUGUAUUUUGCUGGGUCAAUUUGGCUCCUUGCUUUACAAUAAAUGUGCGGUGCUUGGGACCGUUCAAUUCUGA